AUUUCUAUCAUAAAUAUUACAAGAAAUAUACCGAAGAAGAAUGUGAAGGAUUCUAUUAUAAAUAUCAUCCUAAAUAUAAAGUUGUUAACGACAAAACUGUUAAAAACGAAGUGUCCCAAAAAGAAAAAGAAGACUUCUAUCAUAAAUAUUAUAAGAAAUAUACUGAAAAAGAAUGUGACGACUUCUAUUAUAAACAUCACCCCAAAUAUAAGGUAGUCAAGAACAAAUCAACAACUUACUCUGUUGAAAAUGAGGUCCCUAAAAAAGUGAAGAAAGAUUUCUAUCAUAAAUAUUACACUUGCACUAAAGUCCCUACUGAAGAAGAAGAGACCGAAACGCCAUAUACUACCUGCACUAAAAAACCCGAAGAAGAAGAAACUAUUAAAGUCAAGCAUCAUAAAUAUAAUAAACAUGUAGAAGUAAAAGACAAGAAAGUUACUACUUGUACUAAAAAGCCCGCUGAAGUACCAGAAAAAGUAACCUGUACUAAAAAGCCCGCUACUACUACUUGCACUCAUACUGAGAAAGAAGAAAUCU